UGGCACGUCAUAGAAACAGCCGCUGUAAAGGUGACUUUUGCCUGUCUGUGUUUGCUCACCACGGUCCAUACACAAAAUAUAUAUAUAAAAAGUGUAACAAAUAUAAGCAUGUCUUGUCUCAGGAGGACGACGGGUGUCCUCCGGGCCGGUCUGCAGCUUUUCAGACGUGGACCUCAGCAGAUGACCGUCAGAAAGGCAGGAGGAGGCCCUCACAUUGAAGCUCAGUACAGACAACCUCCUCAGAUCACAAAGAACCAGAAGUUUCAGGCAGAGAUCCUAAGUGGUGCCAUGUGGUUCUGGAUCCUGUGGCACUGCUGGCAUGAUCCAGAUGCCGUACUGGGUCAUUUUCCAUGGCCUGACACCUCUGCAUGGACAGACGAGGAGCUGGGAAUCCCUCCUGAUGAUGAGUAGUUUCAAAGCAGACCUAUAUGUGCACCAGAUACGUGAUCACAAACUUGCACACUCUUUGUAAAGGAAACCGAUUGUUGCUGUUAUGUGUAUGGACUUAUUAUCAAGUCUGAUUGUAAACAGUUGCGUAUAAAAUAAAAAAGCCAAACCAGUAAA